AUGCUUUCCCGUGUUGCCCGCUCCUCCUCCUCGGCCACUAGGGCCUUCAGCACUUCCUCGAAGCGCUCCAUGCCCCUCUACGUCGCGGUCCUCCCCGACUACAUCAACAACGAGGAGACCCGCCACGCCAACCGUCAGGCCGCCCUCAAGGACCUCGCCAAGGACCGCACCCUCGGAAACAUCCUUGAGCGCCCUUACCUUUCGGACAAGUACGCUACCCAGAAGGCCGGCGAGCCCCACCCCAACCAGCAGCACGGUGUCGAGGGCUCGAUCCUCAUCCUCGACGCUCCGGACAUCAACGCCGCUUGGGAGCAGGUCAAGGGCCACACCUUCUGGACCAAGGUCUGGGACGAGGAGAAGGCCACCAUCAAGGAGCUCAAGUCGCUCCCCGCUGAGCACAUCGGCGGAGGUGCUCUUUAA